AUGGGUUGUAUUAACUAAAAAAAUAAAAACAUAAAAUUGGACAGACAGUCUGCCUACAUUACUAUUUAGAAUCCUAAUGUAUGAAAACUAUUUAAGCAAUAGAUUAACCUUUAGCAAGAAAUCUCAACAGACAGAAUUCCAGCUGUUGAUGAAUCACAUUCAAAAUUUUAGGCAGCUAAUCCUAAUAACAUAUUUCUAAAUAGGUCAAAAAAAUCCCAUUUGAAAAAAGCAACCUAAAUACUCAAUAUUAACAAAGAUAAUGAAAUAAAGAAGAAAAUUGAAACAUUUAAACAAUAUUAUCUGAGAAUCAAUCAAUUUUGGUAAUCGCAUUAAAAGGAUUUAGACGAAAUAAUGCUUCAUAUUCAACAGAAAACCAUCACUUUAUAAAUGUUAUUGGUAAUUUACACAUAUAUAUUUAGAGUAAAAACGAGCAAUUAAAAAUGCCUCCUCUUGAUAUUUUAUUUGUUAAUAAUAAUGAAGGCAAAUCUUUAAUCGAACUAAUAUUAAAUAAAAUCGAUAAUUAUGAUAUCAUUACCCAAUUAUUAUUAGGUUUCAACUUGGUGGAAGAUCAUUUACAAUAAAUAGCCAUUCCAUUAUUCCGCAAGUUGAAAUACUUGAACACUCAAAUUAAUGUCGAAAAAGCUACGGAGUUUUUGAGAGCUACUCAAAAAACCAAGUUUAUUGAAGUUAUUCUGAUAUCAUCUUAAGAGCAAAGAAAAAAAGAUAUCAUUUAAAAUUUUACAACUAUAUUUUCAUAUAUCGAUUAAUAAAAUGAAUCACAUUUGAAAUUUUUCAAGAUUCUCUGUUAACUAAUUAAAGGAGUCAAGGCAUUUGAAAAAAAAUAUGAAGAAUAUUUAGAAGCAUCAGCAGAAUUUAAAUUAAAAAAUCUUAUCAUAUCAAAAAAAAUUAAAAAAGGGCAUUUUCAAGACGAAUUAAAAAUGCACUCAACUCUUCGAGAACUCUAAUUCAACAUCUUCCAUUAAGUGGCCUAAUAUAAAAAGUGGGAUAUCUUUAUUCAAUAUUCAAAUAGUCUAAUUUAAAAUCCAAAUAAUGCUAAGUUGACUCCUUUUAUGAUAUUUUUUUAAAGAGCCCCUGUUUAAAUUAUUCUAGAUUAUAUUAAAUAAUUUCCACAAUAACUUAAUAAGGGAAUUGAAUACUCUACUCCUUAAGGACUCAACCUAUUGCAUUGUUUUUUCCUAAACAAAAACUUGCCAACAAAGAUCGAUAAAACCAGCUAAGAUAUAUUGAAUUUGCUAAAAAAGAAUAAAAAUUUCAAAAAUUUACUAUUAUAACCCUAUUAGGAUUAAAUACCUCUUGUCUUUUAUAUAAACAGUCAUAAAAUAUUUGAUUAGGCUAUCCUUGAUUAUUUAAGUGAACCUUUGAGAAAGGAAUUUGAUUUUUUUAGACUAGAUACAUUAGCACAGAUUUUAGGAGAAUAAUUGAAAUUCAGGAAAGUAAAAUAAAGGAAAACCAUUAAAUAACUUAAAAGAAUGAAGAAAUAGUCGUUUUGCUAAGCUUAAAAUCAAUUAAAUAUCGAGCUAACCUAAGAGUUGUAAGAGUAAUAUGAUCUUUAUUACUUACAUUACAUUCAAUUAAUGAAAGCAGUGAUAAAACGAAAUUUUUCAAUUAAGUUCUCUCACUUAAAUUAGUUUUUUGCUUUUACAUCUCAUUUUCCCCAUGAUCUAGGAACAGCUCAUCAUUCAUUCCUAUAAAUUAUUUUAUAGAAUUAGAAUGAUGAUUUUAUUAUAUAACAAUUGAAAGCAUUCAAAUUUGUUAAUUAUUUGUAGGCUUAGAAAAAAGAGUUAGACAAAUUCAAAAUUUAAUUGCCAGAAAAUUAUUCUUUGGAGGCAUAACUUAUAGCUAAGCUAGUUUAUUUAAAAAAGGACAUUAAAGAUCAAUCAAGUUAGCUUCAAAAAGAAAUUAAUUAAAUAAUUUUGGAGUAGUUUAAAAGAGAUCCGAAGCUAUUGUGGGCAAAAAUUUAUGGUAAUAGCAAAACAAAGUAUGAAGGGCUCAGCACUACAUUGUAUUAAUUAAUAAAAUAGCUUGUUGAUGUCGUUUUUGUAAAAGAAGUUUUACAAAUUUGCAUUUAUAAUAAUUUGUAGAAUCCUUCUAUUGAUGUAAUGAAGGAAUUUGUAUUUUAAGAACUGUUAUUAAGAAAUGUAACGAAGUAAGAAGUUGAAUUAAGAAAUUUUUGUGAUAGCUUUCCAAGAUCUAUAGAAUUUAAUGAAACUAUUAAGAAGAUGGCUGAAAAUUAGACUAUCAAACUUUAUUCUUGGAAAUUGGGGAUAGAAAAAUUCUAAAACUAAUUAUAAAUUGGUGAAUUUUACCUUUUGAUUUAACAUUUCAAGCCAAAAUAUAUUUCAAACGUAAUUUAAUAAUCAAAUAAUAAAAAUCAAGGUGGAGAACAAUAAUAAAUAACAUUUUAGUUCUUAUAAGCUCUUUUAAAAUCAGAAAUUACAAUACCAAUGAUAAAUCGAAUUAUUAUUUUGAAUCCUGAGUUAUUUAUACCUAAAAUUUGGUGGUUAACCCAAAAUAGUGUUCCUAACACCGCACUUCUUAAAUUUAUUUCCACUCAACGCAUUAGUCCAAUUUGGAUUACAUAACCUAAUGUUAGCCAAUUGAAUUUAUUGUUUGAUUGGUAGAUGAGUGGCAUUCAAUUUCAGGUUAUGAAAUUUCCCAAAAAGUAAUAUUUAUUCCAUGAUCUAUUAAUAAAAUCCCAAUUGAUAUGCUAUUAAUAAAUUAAUAGGCUACCUUUUGUUAUAGCAUUAGCUAUUGAUGAUUAUUUUAAUGCAGAACUAUCUAAGUUUCUAUAAACUUAGGAAGUUCAAAAGACAAAAGAGGUAAUAUCUUAAAUUUAACUACACCAAAUGAUAUAAAAUUAGGCGACAAAAAACAUAUAACUUUUGAUAGAUUACUUUAAUUUAGAUGCUUAUUCCAUUAUUUACAUUUUGAGUUUAAAUCAUUUCUCUUCUUCUAAAAUAUUUGAUUAUAACCCAUCUGAAAUAUAGGAGGUGAAUAAAUUUAAUUUUAAUCAUCAAGUCCAAUAACUUAUGAAAUAUAAUUUUAGGUAUUCAGAUUAAAUCUGUCCACUUUUCAUUUUUGAAAUUGCAAAUAAAGAACCUGUUCCAAAAUCUAAAAGAAAGGUAACUCCAUUCUUUGUUGAAGUAAUCAGUUAUCUUAAUUAUGAAUCUUUAACAAUGAUAGGCAAGAAUUUAAGAAUUUAAAUUUAUGAGAGAAUAAGCUUUCAAGUCAAUUUAGAUCUGAUUCAUGACGAGAGAGUAAUGGAAAUUUUAAUUGAGGAUAUUACAGAAUUGAAAAGAAAAGAAUUUGGAGUUGAAAAAAUAGCAGGAAUAUUUACAAUUACUUUUACAAAAUCAAUUAAUAAAAAUAAAAACAUUGCUGAAAUUUUGUGUCGAUUUUUAACAAAGGAGGAACUCUAAUAUUCAAAAAUAUUCAGUGUAAAUCUGUUAUAUAAAUUGUCUCUUAUUUCUAAUCAAACAUGCAUUUAGUAUUUGAAUAAACUAAAACUGUAAAACUAUUAGUUCCUUUAAGUUUACUAUUACGCAUUAAACAACUAAAACAUUGAACUAUUAAACCAUCUAAUUAAUUAUUACUAUGAAAAUCGAUUGACAACCAAAUAUGUGUAUACUUAUGCAUAUUUGAAUUAUAAUGUCAAAAAUUACUAUAUUGCCUUAUUCAAGAAGUAUUAUUUGGUUUUUAGUAUCAAACAAUAUUAGUUGUUCUAUAAUACGAUAUAAUUGAGUAGUCAAACUAUUUCAGAGCAUAUUUAAAUGUUUAUCUUAUUUGGAUAUGUAGAAUAACUUAAAUUUUUAAUUUAAUAACCAAAUAUUUAAAAGGAAAUUUAAUAGUCUUACUUCUAUUAUGUUUUAGCAAAAAAAAUGUGUAUAGAAAAAGAAUUCGGAGUUGAAGUUAACAGAUUUCCAGAGCAUUUGAACAAUUAAUAGUUGUAAAUCCAAUUAUUGUUUAUGAGGAAAUUUAAAAGGACGUAUUAAUAACAUUGCAUAUUCUCUCUUUCUGAAAAGAAAUGCUCUUUUAACUUUUAUUCAUAAAAUAUUGACUAUUUGCAGACAUUCGAGAUUCUAAAAUAAUUGAUGUCUAAUUCAAAAGAAAAAACUGAAGAAUUAGAAGCGUAUGAUGAACUAUAUAGUUCCAUUAUAUAGCCUUAUCAAAAAUAGAUCAAACUAAGGAAUGAAUUAGUUUAGUACUUCUGUCAACUCUUUAUGAGAACUAAGACUAUGAAUCAAUACGUUAAGAAUCGUUACGAGAAAUAUAUUUCAUUGUUUAAUGCGAAUUCCAAGGACACUGAAAUUAUUUUUGAUUUCAGAAAACCGAAAUAAUUCUCUUUAAAGAUGAUUUAGGAGAUAAUGAUUGAAUAUAUCUAGUAGAUUCUCAAAAAGAAAAACAUUAAUUUAGAAAUUUAUGAAAAAUUAGCUGAAUAUAUACUUAAAUACCAAUUUACAAAUUAACAAUUAGUUGAGUGUUUAAAUUUGGGACUCAAAAAUUAUAAUUUAACUAAAUUCAAUCACACUACAUUGUACUAUGCUUAACUUUAAGUAAAUUUAUUACCUUAAACUUACUACGAUUAUUCACAAAAUAAGCAUUACAGCAAUAGAUACAAUAUUAUUAAAAGCAUAAUGAAUCUAGAUUCGCUAUAGUUAGAUAAAAUGACCCCUAUUUAAGUUCUAUUAAGCAAAGGUCGUAUAGAUCAUUUAAAUUAGGUAAAUUAUUCUAAUGCAAAUUUAAUGGCUGCUUUAAUUAGUAAUCACUUUAUGACAAUAACAAGAGUCUUGGAUAUAAGUUAAAAUCCUAAAUAAAUAUGUUCAGACUAUCAGCUGUUACAUAUCAUUUUGAAAUUUUAGAAUGAAAAAAAUAUCAUUUCCUUUUUUGAAAAGUAUAUUUACAAUAAUGUCAAAGACAUCGAUAAAAUAAUGCUAUGUUAAGAUGAAUCUAUUUUACUUUCAAUAGUAUUGAAAAAAUAAUAUUAAGUUUUUGAUACUAUAAUUGUGUAAUACUUAUCGAAAUUGACAAAUAGCAAGAAUCUUUAAUAGAUUGUACAAUAGCAUUUAUAAAUGUAAGUAAAACAAUCCAGAUUGCUGAUAUACUAAUUAGGGAUUUGCUAAAAAUCAUACUUCAUAUUUGAUUAUUUGGAUGGAAUAAUAAAGGCAAAUGAAAUAAAAACAUUAGUUACUACAUUAGAUUUAAAUUUGGGCCCAUUGUUGUUUAAUUAAAAAUAAGGGGAUCGAAAACUAAAUUUAUUUGCUUAAUACUACCUAAAUAACUUAUCAAUACUUUUAAUACCAACAUAAAGAGAACAAUUGAGAUAGUAAAAAAGUAAGGGAAGAACCUAUAAGCAGAAAAAUGUUUAAGAUAAAUAAAUUGAAAAAUAAAUAGACAAAGAUAUAAAAAAUGAAGAUAUAAACGAUGAUGAUGAAAUAGCUGAUGAAAAUGUUGCAGGUGAAGUUAAAUAAGUUGAAUAUAAAAAAUAAGAGAAUCGAUAAGUUGAAGUUAAAACAUAAUUUUUAAAGAAAAGGGAAGUUAUGCUUGAUAAAUUGAAGAAAGCAGUAAAAAAGGUUUCCAUUACUGGUAUUUGGAGUACAGAUAAUCAUAAGGUAUAAAGAACUGCCUAGAUAGAUAAUUUCCUUGACGUUGAGCAUGCUUGCAUAUACAAGUUAUUUGGAUUUAAUCAAUUUAUUCUUAAAUACUUAAAGAAUAAUUUUAGAUUUUUUUCUUUGUUUCAAAGCUAACCUAAAGACAUUCUACAAGCAAUAGAUAUCUCCAAAGGACAUCCAAAACUACUUGAAUAUUACUUAAAUAGUUUGCCUUUUACAGAUCUGAUGGCUAAUUUAGAAUAAAUUGUGCUUAAGUGCUAAUAAUACUAUUUGAUAUAGAAUCCCUUAUUUUAUAAAUCUAUGUUGAAUUUUCCAAAGGAAUUUAUUAAUUUAUUAAAGCCAUCAGAUUAUAAUUUAGAGAUUAGUUUAUUGCUAUCGGUUAAAUUGAAAUAAACAUAGACUCUUCACAAUUUCAUUGUAAAUCAAUUGGAAUUACACUCAACUUAAGAAAAGAAUUUACUUGGAAUAGAUACGUUAUAAUAAAAUUACUUAUUCAUGAUGAGUUUGUUUUUAAAUAAUUUUUCGUUUCCAAUUUUAAAGGAUGGAAUUCAAAAUAUUAAUAUUGAAUUGUUAAUAAAAAGCUUAAAAUUUAUAGAAUAGAAUUUUGAAAAGUAAAAAACUAAAAUAUCAAAGGAUGGUUUAAAUUAUAUUUUAGGUUUGUUGAAUAAAGAAAUUACCAUAGGUAACAUAAGCAAAUUCGAAGAAUUGCUUAAUUCUCAACAGACAGGAUAAAAUAUAAUUUUAGGAAUGAUUUGGAUUCAGUAGAUUGAAGAACUUGUUAGAUUUUUCUUCUCUAAAUUACCUGAAUGGGGUAUCUUCGCAAAGGAAAUUGAGAUCUCUUUUGAGAAUGUUCCCAUUUCAUUUAUAAAUGAGCAUUAUGUUUUACCUUUGUAAUAUUGUAAUGAUAGGUUUGAAUUGGACGAAAUCUUCAUAAAUGAUUUUAUCCCUGUAUUAAAACAAUUAAAAUAUGAAAGAGUGAUGGAAACAGAAUCCAUAAGAUUUUAGGAAUUUUAAGAAAAAUGGCCUUAAUUUAACUUUAAAUUACUCUUUAAAAAAACUGAUUUUUCUUAGAUACCAUUAUAUUGUUUUGAACAUUUGGAUGACUUUACUUUGAAGAGAGACCUAUAGAAUUGUGAACCUUUAGUUACAGAAGAAAUAUCUAAUAUGGUUUAAUAAAAUAAAGAUAAUGAAAAUAAAAAUGAUGAUAAUAAUGAAGCAAAUAGCAAACCAAAAAAUAAUGAAGAUAAUGAUAAUGCUAAUAGUAUAGAUAAUAAUCCAGAUAAAGAUAAUGCUAAUGCUAAUAAUAAAGAUAAUGAUAAUGAUAUUUUUAAUAAUAAGGAUAACGAUAUUGCUAAUAAUAAUGAUAAAGAUAAAGAUAAUAAAAAAGAAGGCGAUAAUGAUAAAGAUAAAGAUUAGGUUAUUGAAGAGGAUGAAAUAGAAAAUGGUAGUCAUAUAAACAUAAAACAAAAAGUGCCAGGUGAUACAAAUCCAAAACCAAUUACAAAUAAUAGGAAUAAAAUAAAAAAUUAUAAAGUAAGACAUGUCAAACCAAUAAAAAAAGAGAUAAAAAUAAUAUCUUGUGGAAUUUAUGAGAGCAUCUUAUUUUUUAAACACCUUCUGGAGCCUUUAGAAGAAAGCUAAGAAAAUUUUAAAAUAAAUGAUUUGUAAGCUCCUCAUAAAAAUGUAGAUGACGAUGAUAAAGCUAUGGAACAAUCAACAGUAAUACCUAACAAGGAAAAAGGGAAAAGUACUGUUGGCAAAAAGCAUUUCAAAUAAAAUCUUUAAAUUGUCAAAUCUUUUUUACCAACUAACAAAUAUAAAUCCAGAUAUACAAGUGAAUAGAAUACAAUAUUUAUAGAAUUUUAUAACUUCAUUUAUCCUUAAUCAACAGAUCUACUUUUACAACAAUUAUCACGUCAAGAAUACUUUGAAUAAUAUAAUCCUAAGGCAACGUUGGAUUAUUUAAUUUAUAAGUUUAAAUAAUAUUACGAUAACUUAUAAGAGCUGAUCAAAUCAGAAAAGUACGAAAAAUGGUCUAUAACUAUUCCUUACUAUAUUGAAAAUGAAAAAUUCUUUUUCUAAGAAAUUUAAUUCACUCCUUAUGCAAUAUAAUAUAUGUUUUAAAAAUUGUUGAACUUUAUACAUACUGUUAGAAGUUUUUCAGAUUUUGAGAUUGAUUCUAUUUAAUGGAGAAUAAAUUCGAUAUCAGUACUUCAAGUUUUGGCUAGAGGUAUUUUAAAUACCUAUUUUGCUGAUAAUUAAAAUAUUGAUAUUUUUGCUAUAAUAGAUUCUAUCUGUUAAUGGAAAUUGUUGCAAAUGCUCUUGGCGUAAAUUAUUUAUAGAAAUAUAAUGUCUUUAUCUAAAAUCACAAGCCUCUUUUCAUACAUUUAUGUAGAAUUCAAAGAAAAACCUUUCUCUCUAUAUGAAACAUAAAGUGAUAGCAAUUUCUUUUUGGAUUAAAUAUUUUAAUUUGAAGAAACCGAGUAUCGUAUAUAUAAAAAGACACUCAUCGUUACUCUAAAUGUAUUUAUAAGAAAAGAGAAACAGUUAAAGAAAUCUAUUUAAUAUUCUAAAUAAUACUAACGCAGUUUAUUUAAUAAAUCAUCUAUAUUUAAGGCUUCAGAAAUGAGUUUCCACUUAUACAAUGUAUUUAAUGAAUCUGACUUUUAUUUUGAUGUAUUUUAACCUGCAGAUUUGGUAGGAUAUUUAUUUAAUCGAUUAGAUAUAGAUAAAUACAUAUAACAAUUCUCUAAAAGACUGGGUCAUUUUGUCAACAAGGAUGUUUCCAUAAUUGUGAAUCAUACUUAAUUAAAGCAAAUAUAUGAAGAAAAAAUAAUUGAAAUAAAAGGGAUAACUGAUAGGAAAAUUAGAGUAGAGAGACAAGAUUAGCUUCAAAACGAAUUAUUGCGAUUAAAAGAAUUCUUUAUGGAAAAAGUUAGUAAAUCAUUAUUCGAACAGUUAAGGAGUUAAUCCUUUGAAUAGUUAUUUGAAGUUCAAUUAUCGAUAUUACUCUAAUCUAUAAGGUAAAAUAAUUAUCUGCUAUAAUCAACACAGCAGAACUAUAGAAGGGCAAUAAGGGCUAGCAAAAGCAAAGUUGUUCAAAAAAUAGGUAAGUUUUCAACUUACAAGCUCGUUAGCUUUUAAUUUGGAUUCCAACUCACCCCAACUUAUUUUUAAUAAAUAGCAAAGCCUGGGGAUAUGUGUAUGGUUCUAUUUCAAUUUUAAUAAGAUGGCUUACUAAAACUCGAGCCAUGCUAAUUAAUUUCUUGCUAAGAUUCUUAGUUGUUGUAUUUUUAUAUGCUUUAGAAUCAAACUUAAGCCUUAUUAGUUGAGGAGAUAGAAAGUAAGUUUAGAAUGAAUGAUCAGAAGGGAGAUAAAAAUGAGGAUGUUGCAAAAUAAUAAAGCUCCAAAAAUAAAGGAUCUGAGAGAUCAGGAGAGCUAUUAAAUCUUGUUUUCGAAGAUAUAUUAUCUAUUAUUUGGGUGAGAUCAAAAUGGCCUAUUGAAUAAAAUUUCAAUAAUGAAAUUUUGAAUGUACUUUUUAUAGAUUAAAAUGGAAAUAUAUUGACAUGCCAUGAAAAGAAAUUUCAGUAAAAAAUUACAAUGAUCUAAUAAGUUGAGAACGAAUAAUAAAAAUAGUAAUUAUUGGACAAUUUAUUUGGACAAAAUAUAGUAUCAACUUAUGAUAAAUUUGCAUUAACUUAAAUCAUUCCAAUAAUUCCAAGUUAGAUAAAUUAUAAUUUUAGAUUUGAGGAUUAACAAUAAUAAAAUCAUGUAUAAGAAAGCAAUGAUAUAUAUAUUACAAUUAGUAAUGAUGGUUUCAAAUUGUAAAAAUUAAGUAUAGGUAAUUUUAAUACUGCUUGUUAUUUUGAUUCAAAUAUAAGAUUUUAAAAGUAUAUCAAAAUGCUCAAUAAAUUUACCAAUCGAAUAAAGGAGAUGUCCAAAAUAGUAAUAAAAAUCUAUUUUGAUGAUAAGUUAAACAAAAAUCCUUCCUUUUAUUUGGAACAAUUUUUUGCUCAUAAUAAUCUUUUUGAGGUGUUUGAAUUAGGAUUCAAAGAAUUUUGUGAUGAAAAGCAAUUUCCUCAAAUUGACAAUUCCCUUUCUUAUCUAUUUGAUGUUUCUACUUUAACUCAAGUGAAAGAGAGAAUAUUUUGUCAAAUUGUAAAAUAGAUUGAAUUUCAUUUUGAGUUCGAUUAAAAUGAUAACCCAAUUUAAUUUUCAAAUGGUAUUUUGAAAAUUUACAAAUUUUUAAAUUAAAAACAACCACUUAAAUCAGACAUCAGUUACUUUAUUUCAAAUUUAAUUGUUCAAUAUGAGUAAUUCGGAAUAGCCCCCUUGAUUAUUAAGGAUGACCAGUAUGAAAUUUAGUUAUAAGAUAAAUAUUCUACUUUAUUAAUGAAUAACAUAGCCAAUACCAUUCUUCUUACUAAGUACAUAUUCUAAUUGGUACAAAUAAAAUAGUUGUUAAGAAACGAUAAAAAACUUACUUUUUUGUUGUAAGAAAACUAGUAAGAAAGAUAUUUUUAUCAAAUUUAAAGAUAGGAGAAAUAAAUAGUCUUAUAAUAUGAUUAGUUGAAAGAUUUUAGUCUUGAUUCAUUCCUUUUGGAUUACUUAAACAAUUGUGUUUAUUAAGGAUAAAUUAAAUACUAGCAAUUAUCUGUUGAUAAUUACUUGUUUAAUUGCUAAAUUCUUCAGAAUUUGAUGAUCUUGAAGGAUAAUCAUUAUUACCCAUAGACAAAAAAGGACGAGAAGAAUUUGUUUAUAUCGAGAGACUUCUCUAAAUUGUAAAUUGUAGAAGGGAGAUUAGAUCCAAAAGAACAGGAAAGAGGCCUUCUACUUUUCUAACGUAAAGGUGUUUUUUAAGCAAUGGUUACAUUUAAGAGCUAGCAGAAAUAUAUUCCUUUAUAUCAAUAUUUUAAACAGAAUGUUAACAGACAGUUUUUUGGUUAAUCUUUUUAUUUUUUGGUUUCUGGUUUAAAUGAACGGAUCGACUUAGAUGCUUAAUUAAACUCUAUCUAAGUGAAUAUGCUAAUAAAUAGGAAAAAAACGAGGCGUUCUUUGAAUUAUUAUAAAAGAUACAUUAGUAAACUGAAAGUCAAUACUAGAUUAAUAACAACUAACAUUGCAUUGGUUGAAUUGAUUGCUUAAGGAGUCAAUUUUGUAAAAAUCAGAUCAACAACACCCUAAUUAUUAAUGAGUGCUGUAAACAAUGAGAAUUAUAAAAAUUCAAUAGUCAUCUAGUUUGAUCCUGAAAAGACUAUGCAGUAAAAUCAAAAUAAAUUAUCUCACAUUGGGAUUCUGAUUGAAGGUAACAAGGAAAAUGAGGUUUAUAAACCAAUUUCCUUUAGCUAGACAAAAUCCUCAUCUAUGAAAAAGGAAAAUAGGAAAAUAAUUGAAUAUUUAAAAAAGGGAAUUGAACAAAGGCCUUAAAUUUAUAAGAAAAUUAAUCUGUUACAAGCUAAGUAUGAUUUGAUGGAUCUACAAAAUAACAAUACGAUUAAUACAUUGACUUCCAAUUAAAUAAGUGUUGCAUCCUUUUGUGGAUAAAUGAGAACUGAUUUCAUUGAAUUUUUAGACGUAACAAGUGCUUAAAUUGGUUGUGAAAAUGCUGUCUUUGUGCAUUCGCAAUACUAAUAGAUUUAGAUAUUUCCCAAAGUAUACAAAGAAACAUUAGGGAUUAAGUUUAAAUGGCAACCUAUAAUCAAAGGCAUCUAUAAUUUAUUCGUGGGAGAUUAAAAAAUAGAGGGUCAUUUUAUAGUCUUAGCCAAUAAGGUUGAUUAUAGAAGAUGUGAAAUUAUUUUAUCUGAAAAAAUACAAACACUCACAUUGUAUCAAACCAUCAAAUAUAUUGUCAAAUUGAGAGAUCAUCUUAAUAAUAUUUAUGGGAAUAUCGAAUCCAAAUUGAAUAAAAUAUAACCUAUAGUUACUACCAAAAGUUAAUUUUCAGAAUCUAUAAUUGAAAUAAUCGGUCCAGGUAAAGAAGGAACUAUCACUAUAAAUAUUAGAUUUAUUUAAAUAGAUAAUGUACAGCAUCAACCUGAGGAUGUUUCAAUUAAGAUUUCUUUAUUGGACAAAUUAGAAUCAGGUAUUUAUAUAUAAAUAACAUUGUAGAAUGUACUUUUCAUUUGGAAGGACUUACGUUAGAAAUGAGAAUUAUCAAGUACUAUCAAAAACUAAAAUUUCCAUAAGUGUGUAAGGAAGUAAAGAUCGUGAGAGCUAAUUUCGCGAAUGAUGUGAUGAAUUUGGCCGAUUAAUAAUUAAAAUGUCCACUAAAGAUUAAGUAUGUUGGUUCAGGUGAAUAAGGAAGUGAUGAUGGUGGAUUAAGAAGGGAAUUUUAUAAUAAAGUUGGUGAGUUGAUGAAAAGUCAAUCAAAUGGAUUUUUUCAAUUAAAUACUAAGAGUUAAACAUACUUUUUUUCACCCAAAUUUUAGCCAGAAAAAGGAAGGUUAAAAUAUGCUUUAGCAUUUGGAAAAGUAAUUAUUAAUUAUACUAUUUUAGUUAAUUGCAAAUUCAAUACUGAAUAAGGAAAUUAUAGGAGUGCCAUUUGCCCAUUAAUUUUGGAAAUUAAUAUUUAAUAAACCAAUUGUCUUUGAAGACCUUGAAGGUAUUAUGGAUGAUAUUGAAUUUAAAAAUAUUAGAAGUAUGAGGUAGAUGACAGAAGAGAUUAUAGAUUCUCUUUGUAUUACUUUUACACACUCAUCAGGAUUUAAUACUUAUAAUUUAAUCCCUAAUGGGUCUAAAAUAGAAGUCACCAAAAAUAAUAUCGAGGAGUAUCUCUAAAAAUUAGCUGAGUAUUUAAUUGUUGGAAAUUUUCAGGAUAUUACUAAAAAAAUCAUAGAAGGGUUCGAUACAGUCCUAAAUAGACAGGUAGUUAUAUAUUUUAAUUAAUAGCUUUUGAUGGAAUGUUUUGAUGCUACCGAAAUGCAUACAUUGACUGUGGGAUCUACAGAAAUUAAACCUGAUAAAGUAUUGGAAUUAAUAAAAUAUAUAAAUGGAUCUGAUUAACUGAUUUAAUUUUUCUAGAAAUUUAUCAACCAAUUAGAAGAUGAAUAAUUGCAAGAUUUUCUGUAAUUCACUACAGGAUGCCCUUAUUUGCCUUGGAAUGCUAAGCCAACUAUAUAAAUUGAAUUUUAAGAAGCAAUGAAAGAAACAAACUUACCUAGAUCACAAACAUGUUUUUAUAAACUAGUUAUUCCAUACUAUAAGACUUAUGAAGAACUUAAGAAAAAAAUGGAAAUAGCAAUUGAAUAUGGAUAAGAAGGAUUUGGAUCCUUUUGA